CCUCAGCCCCGGCCGCCGUGAGGGAGCGGCUCCGUGCCCAGCCGGCUCCGCGGGGAGCAGCGCUCCGUGCCCGCCGCCGCCAGCCCGCCCCGGCUCCGGGCUCGCAGGUCUCUGGACAAAAUGGGGAACAGAUUAGUGAAGCCCAAGCACCUGAGGCAGCCCAACAGGCACGUGGCAAGCCUGGCUAUUGGCUGUGCUGCCAGCCACAAGUUUCUGAUGGACCCAUGCCUAGGCAUCAAUGUGAUCAAUGGCCCAGCUGAUGUCCUCUGCAGCAAGGUACUUGAACUGGAAAAGGAGCUGAAGAGAAAAGAUCAGCAGCUGCAAGAGAGUCGAAGCCACGUUGCUGAGCUUCAGGAACAGCUGGCUAUGCAGACUAAGGUCAUAGCAGAACUCACCAAGGAGCUUCAGAGCAAGUGCAUACAGCUGAACAAGCUGCAGGAUGUUGUUAGCACUCAAGGAGAGCGCUCUCUUCAGCCUUCUCCAUUUAAAGUCUCUGCUGAUAGGAGGAGAGGAGCCAAGGAAGGUGUAUCUGCAGAGCCAACAACAGGACUGUGUGAUUUGAGCAGGCAAACUAUGUUUUCCCUUGAAAAAGCAACAGUCCGAAAGGAUUCCAGUGAGAAGAAGCUCAUCACAGAUGCCCUGAAUAAAAACCAGUUCCUGAAGAGACUGGAGCCUCACCAGACACGAGACAUGGUGGAAUGUAUGUACGAGAGGACGUUCCAGCAAGGGAGCUACAUUAUCAGGCAGGGAGAACCAGGAAAUCACAUCUUUGUGCUCAAAGAGGGCAGUCUGGAAGUCUUUCAGCAGAAUAAACUCCUCUCCUCAAUACCUGUGUGGACAGCAUUUGGUGAACUGGCCAUUUUAUACAACUGCACACGGACAGCUUCUGUGAAAGCAAUCACUAAUGUUAAAACAUGGGCACUGGACAGAGAAGUGUUUCAAAAUAUCAUGAGAGUGACCGCACAAACCAGACAAGAGCAAUACAGAAACUUCCUUAGAAGUGUGUCUCUGCUGAAAAACUUACCUGAAGAUAAAUUAACCAAGAUCAUGGACUGCCUGGAAGUGGAGUACUAUGACAAGGGAGAUUAUGUUAUUCGGGAAGGAGAAGAAGGAAACACCUUCUUUAUAAUAGCAAAAGGAAAGGUGAUAGUUACCCAGAGUACUACAGACCACUCGCAGCCUCAGGUGAUUAAAAAUCUAUACAAAGGAGAUUACUUUGGAGAAAAGGCUCUCAUUAGUGACGACGUCAGAUCAGCAAACGUCAUUGCAGAUGAGUACAAUGUGGAGUGCCUCGUUAUAGACAGAGAGACAUUUAAUCAAACAGUUGGAACUUACGAGGAACUGCAAACUUACUUGGAAGGUUAUGUGGCCAACCUGGCCCAGGCUGAUGAGAAACGACAUGCAAAAGGAAGAUCCUUCUGUGGACAGUUGACCAAAGAGGUGUCUUUGGAGAUGAUAGAGCUGAAGGAGAAAGUAGCCCAGUUCCCUCCUUCCCCAUUCCAGAAUUUAGAAGUUGUCACAACUCUGGGUGUUGGUGGGUUCGGAAGGGUUGAGCUUGUUAAAGUUAAAAAUGAGAACAUGGCUUUUGCUAUGAAAUGCAUAAAGAAGAAACACGUAGUGGACACCAAACAGCAAGAGCACAUCUAUUCUGAGAAGAAAAUCCUCGAGCAGAUAUGUUCUCCAUUUGUUGUGAAGCUGUAUCGCACAUUCAAGGAUAACAAAUAUGUGUACAUGCUCCUGGAGGCUUGCCUUGGAGGGGAAUUGUGGAGCUUGCUGAGAGACAGAGGCAGCUUUGAUGAAUUCACCACCAAGUUUUGUGUUGGGUGUGUGACAGAGGCUUUUGACUAUCUGCAUCAAAUAGGAAUUAUCUACAGAGACCUGAAGCCAGAAAAUUUAAUUUUGGAUGCUGAAGGAUAUAUAAAAUUGGUUGAUUUUGGAUUUGCAAAGAAGAUUGGAUCAGGGCAGAAAACCUGGACAUUCUGUGGAACCCCUGAGUAUGUUGCCCCUGAAGUCAUUCUGAGUAAAGGCCAUGACUUCAGCGUGGAUUUUUGGUCCCUUGGGAUUCUUGUGUAUGAACUCCUCACUGGCAGCCCACCAUUCUCUGGGGCUGAUCAGAUGAUGACGUACAAUUUGAUUCUCAAAGGCAUUGAAAAGCUGGAUUUUCCUAAAGCGAUAACAAGGCGACCUGAGGAUUUGAUCCGCAGGCUCUGCAGGCAAAACCCUACAGAAAGAUUAGGCAAUUUGAGGAAUGGAAUAAAUGACAUCAAGAAGCACAGGUGGUUGAGUGGCUUUAACUGGGAUAGUCUGAAAGUGAGGAAAUUGACAUCGCCUUUAAAAAGAGAGUUGUCUGGACCAACUGAUUACAGCUACUUUGACAGCUAUCCACCUGAAGUGGGAAGCCCUCCAGAUGAACUUUCAGGCUGGGACAAAGAUUUCUGAUCACUUUUCCUUCUGGUACAUUUAUAGAGACUCAUAGGCAUCAGUUCUAUCUUGUUUUUUGCUUAAAAUUAAGUUACACAAAUUACACAGCACUCCUUGAAGAACAGAAGACAGUACAGAACCAGAACUUGUUUGGAUAAUCCACCAAAAUCUGUGUGUUUUAUGGCAAGGGCAUGCAUUCAGUCAGCAGAGGUAACCUGAAUUUAUCUUUUUAUACACAGUGUCUCUAUGAACAUUUCCCAGAUACCAUUGAUUGGAUUUAUGGUUUUGCCACUAAAAAUAUCACUAGCUGAAAUUUUGAUAUUAACAAGGUUACCAUAGAUCUUUUUUUGGGUGGAGAGGAUGGGUAUCAAAAGCCAACAGUUGUGACAUUUGUCAGUAGAUAAAACUAUAGGCACUUGUUUUUCUUUUUCUCUGCUGUGUUUCACUUUUCCUCCAAAAUGUCCUGUAUUGCACUGAUCCACAAAUGUGUAGAAAAGAGACUUUUACUGGUUUGAUUUAGCUACAGCCAAAGGGGUAUCACUGUGUAAGCUGCCUGUCUGUCAGUCUAGUUUUGCGCCAGGUUGGAUACGUGAGACUGGUCAAACAAAAAGAUGUAUGCAUAAUAGAAGUUGCCUAGAGAAUCAGACCAUGAUAUGCAUUUCCCUUACUGCUUCAAAGAGCCAUGUGCCUUGCUUAAAAUGUUUUGCUUUUGUGUAGUGUGAAGAUAAAACAGAUGGACAAAAAGCUUUUACCUUGCAGGGAAAAAAUGCAGAUGGAUGUUGUGCAUUCGUGGCUUAUACAGGAAAAUUCUGUGCUAUGAACCCCAACUGUUGUUGAAGCAGGGAUGUUCCUGGGUUUCAUGCUGGGUUUAUGGGAUGGAUGCAUCUGCAGCCACUGCUUGGAUUUAUUUCAGCUCCUGCUGAGACCAAGUCCUAUCUAAAUUUCCGGGCUGAAGCUGCCGCAGCUUUCCCGCGUUUCACAGGCUGGAUGGAAAACCUCCUGGGCAACUUGUACUGAGUGCUCAGGGUUUAGUUACCCAUGGCUCCUGGGAGUGACUUCUGCCACUGGGAAGGGGAAAA